UCCCCAAACACACCGCUCCUCUGCUCUGCUUUGGACGCCUCCCCUGUUUCUCCAUGGGCACCUUCGCCAAGCACAUAAUCCUCUGCCAUAUCCCAACCUCCGACCAACAGCCGCACCGCCCGCCACCGUCCUUGGCCCCUCCACCUCCCCCCGCCGCCGAGGGCCGACUCCAUUCGACGCGGCGCCGGUGGACGUUGCUCUCCUCCGUCCUCACGGCCUCGUCGGCGCUGGGCCUGCGGCCGCCGGCGGCGACAGCGGAGGUGGAGCAGAGGUGGGGGACGAGGUCGUUCUUCAGGGAAAAGUACUUCGAGCCGGGGCUGUCGCCGGACGAGGCGGCAGCGCGGAUCCGGCAGACGGCGGAGGGGAUGCGCAACAUGCGGCACAUGCUCGACACCAUGUCCUGGCGCUACGUGCUGUUCUACGUGCGGCUGAAGUCGGCGUACCUGGACGCCGACCUCAAGAACGCCAUGGCCACCGUCCCUCAGGCGCGCCGCCAGUCCUACGUCAAGACCGCCAACGAGCUCGUCGACAACAUGAGCGAAUUGGAUCGCCAUAUCCGGAGCCCAAAGGUGUAUGAAUCGUAUCUCUACUACGAGAAGACAUUGAAGUCGUUGGAUGAUCUUGUGUCGCUUCUUGCCUAAUUAAAUCGGUGAAUUAUUUGACUUUGUAAAAAUAAGGAUGGAUCGGAUUAUAGGGCAGUAAAUGAGACUGAGUAAAGCUUUGAGUUAUUAA